AAUUAGUGCACCUGAGGCUGCUGACCGUGUUAUCAAGUUCAUGAAGGUGGGGACAAGCAUGGCGACCUUCCUUUCCAAAGUUGGAUCUGCACAGCCCUUCCUCCUCUGCGUUGGAGAAAAGAAGAGCAGGAUACAGAAAUUCUACAUCAUCCUGGAUCAGAAGCCCAUUCCCUGUGUGGCACAGACUGCAGUGGCUGCCUUCGAUGAACUGUUUAAGGCACACUUUGUGUUUGUUGUGUCCUAUGAUGCAACCCUCCUCAACUUCUACACAUUCAUCCAAACAACGGUUUAUGGCAUUGAUGUUGCAACAACAAAGGAGAGCCCCAGAGUCAAGGAAAUUAGAGUGAGGAUUAACAACACUUGAAUAUGCUAACAUGUUACAUUUGUAAGGUUCAGCACAGAAAUUGUUCAACUCUUUUCCAGCAUUUGAAAUUUAGUCAUGCUUUGUAUCCAGGGCACAAAUUGCGUUUGAAAUGUGGGGAACAUGGCUGUUCAUCUGUUUUUUACACGUAUUCUGGGUUCAAGAAGCACUUGCUGAAAGCACAUGGAGACACAUUUGCCACAGAUUCUGUUUAUAAGGGCAAUGUUGGUACAGAUAGUGUUGAGACAGAUGAUGUUUCUGCUCAUGACCCAUUGAGUAGCUCUUCUGUUGGUCAACAAAGUCAUGCUAAAAAGAAGCAGUUAAUGGAUAUGUGUAGCUCUGUUAUUGCCCAAGUUCAAGCAGCUGGAGUUUCUGAAAACAUUGUGCAGUCUUUAACUUGUUCAAUGGAGGAGGUUGUUAAUGAUGUUCAUAUUCAAGCACAAGAUGCCGUUCUUAAGUGUCUUUCAUCUGAGGUGAAUGAACAAACCUUAAACAAAGUCAGAGAAUGUUUUGAGAACAUAGAAAAUCCAUUCACACACCUUAACACUGAAAGAAAGAGGCAAAAGUAUUUGGAAAAAAAAUGGAAAAUUGUUGAACCAGUAGAGCAUGUUCUUGGAGUACGUUAUGAUACACGUUUGGAUAAAACCACAGGUGUAUACAGUCAAAUUCCUGUUAAUGACAAAUUUAUGUAUGUACCUAUUUUAGGAACUCUUGAUUCAUUGUUCACCAACCAAGAACUCAGUACCUGCUUUCAACAGGUAAAGUGUCAUGAAGAUGGGAUAUAUAGAGACAUCAAUGAUGGUUCCUAUCUCAGAAAUCACUCAUUAUUUUCAGAGCAAGAACAUGCACUCCAAAUACAGCUGUAUUACGAUGAUUUUGAAACGGCAAAUCCACUGGGACCCAAAAGGGGUUCACAUAAACUUGGCUGUAUUUAUUUUAUUUUAAGAAAUUUGCCAGCUAAACUCAAUUCAGUUUUGAUGAACAUUCAUCUAGUUUCUCUUUUCCAUGCCGAGGACUUAAAGAAGUACGGUUUUGGUCCAGUCUUGCAGCCUCUUGUUAAUGACUUGAAAUGUCUCGAGACAGAAGGUAUUAAGGUCCCAUUUUCUGAUACACCAUUAAGGGGUUCAAUUGUUCAGGUUACUGGUGAUAAUUUGGCAUUGCAUAGCCUUUUUGGCUUGGUUGAAUCGUUCAGUGCAACUUACUGUUGUCGAUUUUGUUUAACUGAUAAAACAAAGCUUCAGUCAGUAUUCAGUGAGGAUGACCAAGACCUAACUUUUCGCACAAAAGAGCUCUAUUCAGAACAUUUCAAUGCUGUGGCACAAAAUCCCAUUCUUGUCCAUUCUUUUGGUGUAAAAAGAGAAUGUCCUCUUAAUGCACUGCAGUAUUUUCAUUGUUCAAACAAUUACGCAGUUGAUAUUAUGCAUGACCUUUUGGAAGGUGUUGUGCAGUAUGAACUUCAGCUUCUUUUUCAGUACAUGGUUAGGACUUCCAUAGAUUUAAACACCCUUUCAGAAAGGAUACAGAGCUUUAACUAUGGAUACCUUGAGAGAAACAACAGACCUAGUGCAGUCAAAAUUGAUGGUAGCAAUGACCUUGGCCUCAAUGCUAUUCAGUCAUGGUGCCUCUUACGCAAUACACCCUUGAUUUUUGAAGAUAUAAUUAAUAGGAAUAACAGCUACUGGAGGGUAAUUCUUCUCUUGAUUCAAAUCGUCAAUAUUGUGUUCUCACCAAAAAUCACAGAUGGUAUGACUUAUUUCUUAAAGCAUUUGAUUUCUGACCAUCAUAAACUCUUUAAGUCUGUAUUUACAGACAAGAAGCUGAUUCCAAAACAUCAUCUGAUGAUUCAUUACCCCAGAUGCAUCAGAAAAAUAGGACCACUCAUCCAUGUGUGGUGUAUGAGAUUUGAAGGUAAACACAAUUUCUUCAAGAAAUCUGUGAAGAACUUUAAGAACAUAACCAAAACACUGGUAAAGAAGCACCAGAGGCAGCUGGCUUUUCAUUGGGAGAAUUUUUACUUUCAAAGGUUUCAGUUUGGUCCUCUUAAAGAUUACCCAAUAAGUGAACUAGAUUUCAGUGAGGUCUUAAGGUCUUGCCCCAGGUUGAAUGUGCCUUGUGUAUCCACAGCUUCAUGGGUGAAAAACUUUGGAACAGAAUACCAUAUUGGAAUGAUUGUCUGUACAAGUACUGAAAAUGAAAUGCCUGUUUUUCAAAAAAUUGUUAACAUCAUAGUCAAGGAUGAUUUCUUUUGACUGCUAAAGUCAUUACAGAGUAUUUUGAUGAUCAUCUGAAUGCUUUCAGAAUAGAGAUUGUGGAUGAUGUGUUUGCUGUUAUCUGUAUCUCUGAUCUGAUAUAUUAUCAGCCUUACGACAGGCAGUUUUCAGCUGACAGUGAUGAAAUAACAUAUAUUGUGCCCCGCUGCUGUUUUAUAUGAGCUGUGCAUUGAAGGUCUUUAAUAUUUAAAUGGGUUUAAUAAAAGUUAAACUUUC